CUGGCGGGACUUCUUCGCAUGUUGGAAGAGGGGCUGCGCUGGCUGGGUUACUGAUCUGUAUUUUGAGUGAGAACAACACAAGAAGAUGAUGGCAACAAACGAAAAGAUUGAAUCUCCAUUUUUAAAUGGUGGUCGUGAAGAUCCCGAUCACGGCGCCGCCUCAUCUCACCAGACUGAGCACAACUCCAAAACAGACCCGCCGCAGAGGUUCACCUUCAGCCCGGAGCCCACCAUUGAGGACAUUCGGAGGAUGCAGGCCGAGUUCACGGACGAGCGUGACUGGAACCAGUUCCACCAGCCCCGGAACCUGCUUCUGGCCAUGGUCGGGGAGGUGGGAGAGGUAGCAGAGCUCUUUCAGUGGCGUGGGGAGGUGGCCGAGGGCCUGCCGGACUGGACCGAAUCUGAGCGGGAGCAGCUGGCGCACGAGCUCAGCGACGUCAUGAUCUACCUGGUGGAGCUGGCAGAGAAGUGCCGCGUGGACCUCCCGCAAGCGGUGCUGCGCAAAAUGGCUCUCAACAGACUCAAAUAUCCCGCAAGAAAAGUCCACGGGUCGGCUAAAAAGUACACUGAGUACAAGGACUGAGCGGGUGGAGGCCGGAGCCCCCCAGGACUGUUGCUGCUGAACAUUUUUUAUUUUUACUUGUAUUAGUGUUAUUUUUUUCCUGCUGUGCUGACACCUUCUUUUUUCUUCUUUUAUAAUUUUCCAUGUCAUGAUGUCAACGUAAUACCGGAAUUUUAUUUUGAAAGUUGUCAUCUGCUUUCAUCAGAAAUCAUUCCUAUAGAAUUGGUUUAUUUUUAUGCAUUUAGAAUAAGAGUAUCUAAACGUUUUUAAAACUCUUUAAAAUGCAGAUGUGACAGCGAGAGAGAAAAAAAUAUGGUGGACACAAUGUGCACUAGAAGAACAAACUGGGAUUCAUUUUAUCUUUUGUUUUCCCCAAAUAUUCUUUUUGGAUUCUGUCUUUUUCUUCCCAGCGUUACACACAAUUUCCAAAAGUAAAAAUUGCUUGAGGGUUUGA